AUGGGAAACCGAGGGGCGGAUUCUGGUUAUAUGGCGGAUUCGUCUUCGGGUAUAGUUCAAUAUUCCAAUGAACCUCUUGCAAUUACCCAGGGAUCUUCUGAGCAAGAUUUGAUGGUGGAUUCUGAUUUGCCGGUGCCGAUGGACUGUUCUCCACCAAUUUCUCCGCGGCCCUCAACUCCUCCUUCACCAACUUCUACUGAUUCGGGUGAUAAAAUGUGGUCUUGGGUUAAAGAGGGUUGCUCUCGUAAACGCACGACCACUUCUCAUGAAUCUGCUAUUCCUCCGUUGAUUGUUGGUGAUACAAACUCGGCAAUUUUAGCUUGUCUCGAACCUUUCAAGAAACGUAGGGGUGAUCCUAAGGGUGGUGGUUCAUUAGCUAGUUCUUCUUCUGAGGAUAAAUUAUCUAGCUUAGCUUUUGAUGGGUUUUGUGGUUCAGAUGCUUUAGGUCUAAGCGGGGGUUUGGUGGUUUUUUGGUUUGCUCCGGUUUCUGUAGUUCCUGUUUCAAUUUCGCUUCAUGUUAUCUUUUGUAAGGCAAUUUCAACUAAGUGGAGAUCUCCUUUUACUUGGACUAAUGGUCAAUUAGGAAACCCUACCUUUGAACGACUUGAUAAAGGAUAUGCUUCCUGCUCCUGGCUAGAGUCUUAUCCAGAUGCUAUGAUAAUUCACCAAACCAUCCUCUUUUCGGAUCAUGCGGCUAUUGUUUUAAAGGAAUCAAGUCCUCACUUUUCUAGGAAAACCCCUUAUCGUAUUGAAAAUUGGUGUUUAGAUAUUCGAGAAAUAUCCUUAUUGAUAAAUUCAGCUUGGGAUAUUAAUCUUUUAGGAUCACAAAUGUUUGUUCUUUCCCAAAAAUUGAUGCAUCUUAGGCAUAAAACGCUGAGAUGGCUCUCACUUCCUGAUCAGAAAAUUUCUCAGGCUCAUAAUUUAUUUCUUUAUUGCAAACAAAGUUCUAAAGUGAGAUGGGAUGCUUUUGGUGAAACUAAUUCACACCUGCUAUUUUCUUCAGUUCAAGACUGGCGUCGUCGUAAUAAAAUUUUUAGUCUAAAGGAUACUCAUGGAAAUUGGAUUUCUGACCCCAUGGGAAUUGAGAAUCUUCUGUUUCAGCACUUCUCGGAUUUAUAUAAUUGUCAGAAAAAUCCAUCUUCUAAUAUUCCAGAUCUUUGGGAGAAUCUAGAUAUUCCUGUGUUGUCUUCUCUUCAUCAGCAGCAGCUGAUAGUCCCAUUUUCUGCAGCCGAGAUAAAGGAUGCAAUCUUUCAUAUAGGAAAUGAUAAAUCUCCUGGACCGGAUGGUUUUACGGCUGCUUUCUUCAAAUCUCACUGGUCGACUGUUGGUAAGCAAGUUACCUCUGCAAUUCAGUACUUUUUUGCUCGAGGUUAUAUGCUUAAAGAUUGGAACCGGACUUUUUUGGUUCUUUUGCCAAAGGUAGACCACCCUGAUAACCCUUCGCAGUUUCGCCCGUUUGGCCUAUGUAAUGUUUUGUAUAAGUGUAUUGCGAAGUGCAUGACGGCUCGAUUACGGAAGAUUUUACCUAUCUUGAUCUCAGAGUCUCAAUCUGCCUUUGUCCCGGGUCGGCUAAUGUCUGAUAACAGUCUUAUAGCUCAUGAAAUGUUAUCCUAUAUGAAUUCUUCUACUUCCAAGAUUUGUUCUGCUGCCUUGAAAUUGGAUAUGAACAAGGCUUAUGAUAGAGUUAAUUGGGAGUUUCUCUGGGAUGUACUUAAGGCUUUUGGUUUUCCUCCUUACUGGAUCCAACUAAUUAAGCAGUGUGUUUCUACGGUUUCCUACCAGAUUCUUAUCAAUGGCAAGCCUUCUUCUGUUCUCCGUCCGGCUUGCGGCUUGCGUCAGGGAGAUCUGUUAUCUCCUUAUUUGUUUGUGCUUUGUAUGGAAAUUUUCUCUUUAAUGUUACGACAGGCUGAGGGAAAUGGUUUAUUUCAAGGUGUGCGCAUUUCCAGGCGAGCUCCUUCGAUGGUUAAUGUUCAAAAGUCAUUUGUUAAGUUCAGUUCGAAUACUCCGGAAGAUUAUCGUGAUUUUUUAAGCUCUGCAUUGCAUAUGCAAACUAAAAAAUCACUGGGUUCUUAUUUGGGUCUCCCUGUGGAUUUAGGACGUGCUAAAUGUCAUCAAUUUCAAUCCCUGGUGGAUAAGGUGACGCAAAAGUUGUCUGCUUUUGGUUCUCGGCAUCUUCCGGAAGCAGCCAAGUUAGUCCUUAUUAAUACGGUGGUCAUAGCUUCUUUAAAUCAUGUGCUUUCGGUGUUUAAAUUGCCGGUGACUAUUUCUGACCAGAUUGGCCGUCUGCUUUCUCGCUUUUGGUGGAAAAACAACAGUUCUUCUAGGGGUUUGGCUUUAACUCCUUCUGCCUCUCUUUAUCUUCUUCGAGGAUUAGGAGGUCUGGGCAUCCGUCAUGUGCCUUCUUUUAAUUCGGCUUUGCUAGCUAAGCAAAUGUGGCGUUUAAUUCAUAAUCCACAACUUUUAGUUUCAAGGAUUUACCGUGCUCGGUAUCCUCGUCUUGUAAACUAUAAAGCUUCUAGUUUGCCUUCUCGUCCUUCUUGGGGAUGUAGGAGCUUGUUGGAAGGGGCUUGUGUUCUUUCUCAUGGUGUGAUAUGGAAGGUGGGUUCUGGUUCCCAGGUCAAUAUUACUGAUGAUGAUUGGGUUCCGGGGGUUUCUGUUCGUUUCAAGGAUGCCAUUCCUUCGGAUGAUCUUCCUACUGUGGUAUCACAAAUAAUUGAUCCUGGUUCUCAUGCUUGGGAUAGUACUCGUAUUCGACAGUGUGAGUUCACUAGCUUAGUUCGUUCUUCUCACCAUCUUGAGGUAAUUCGGACUUUGCCCUUGGAUCGAGAUUUUAGUGCAUGGUUUACUGAUUCCAUUAGUGGCUUUGUGGCUGCUAAGGAUUGGCAUGGUUUAGAUGAGAUCCUUGCUUUCUUCUGGGCUAUUUGGUUAGCUAGGAAUAAUCUUAGAUUUCGUUCGGAGGUUUGCUCUCUUGCUGGGAUUUAUGUUAUGAUUGCCUCAUGGUUGUCUAGGAGUAAAGAGGCUAAAGAAUUGUCUGAUUGUUUGCUUCCUUCUUGCCCUCCGGGGUUUGGUGUUUCUUGUUUGCACGAUCUACAUUUGGGUGUUCCGUCUGUUCAGUUUGACAUUUGUCUUACUUAUGAUGGCUCUUGGAAUGCCAAGGAUCAACGUGCUGGCAUGGGAUGGUUUUUAUCUUCUGACUUAUCUUCUCCGGUUGUAGGGGGAGGAGCCCAAGCGGGCUUUGCUUCUUCGGCUCUUCAUUCUGAAUUGUUUGCCUGCCUUCUUGGUUUGCGGCAGGUUAGGGAAAGGAGCUAUACUAGUGUGAGAUUUUGUACGGAUUGCAUGUCAAUCUUGACUUUGAUUGGGGGUCAGUCUUCGGCUUCUAUUUCGAACAUUUGGAUUUUACGGGAAAUUCGGCAGAUUAUUGCGGGUCUUCAAAGGUUUCAGAUUCAAAAGGUCUCUAGAGAAGAAGUUGGUUAUGCUCAUCACCUGACAAAGUUAGCUUGUAGUCGUCAUUUUAUUUAUUUUCGUUUUUAG